UUUGCCCGUGCGGAGCAUCAGUUAUCUGUCUGUCUGUUGUGUCGACGGUGUGUGGAAGAUUUUUUUUUGCUUCAUCGUCGUCGUCGUUGUCAUCGCCGCAGUACACAAUCGCAGCCGGGCUAUUCUAUCUCGAACGAGUUCGAUGCUGUUCGAUAAUAGUGGAAUUUAAUCGAGAUGAUUGGACGACUAGCCGGGUGCAUCUCCGCGUUGUCUCGCGGCGGGUUGUAAAAUUUAGACGUGGCGAACAGAAAAACAGUGCAAUUUUUGCAUUCAACGCCCAUAAAAGAAUCCUUUGAGUUUGUUUUUGUUGUAUGCGAACCAAAGUGCACACGAUGGAGAUCACAACAAAUACGCCGUGAAGUGGCGGACGUCGGCGUCGCCGCCAUCCACUUAUGCUGCCGAGCUGGUGUCACACAUAAAUGUUACUACUAUGAUUUUGCGUUACUUAAAUGAACAAGAGUGGUAAUUUUACUGGGUAACAUCGGUGUGUCCGGGUGUGAGUGUUUGCUUCAGUGAUUCUUGAUUUGUUUGCUAUCUGGUGGCAAAAAAUGUUUGACGCAAGUACUAAUGGGUUUUAAGUAGUUGUUGUAACAUUCGUAUUAGACAAGUUAACACCGAAAAUAAGUGAUCAAUUGCAAAUAGUUGGAUUAUAUGUUAACGCCGUAGGACGUGUGAUGGACUAAUUAGCAGUGAAAACCGUUGUGGCUUUUGGAUAUUCAGUGAGUUUGCCUGCUAAUUUUAUGCCGAAACAUAGUCGAAAUUGCUUACAAGAAGUCGGUUCUUAGAGCAUGUAACUGUCCUGACGGUGACACAGCUAUACUGCCUGAUUGGGACGUUGGUGAGGGUAAUUCCCACGUCGAGAAAGGCGUUAAUAUAGACAAGCGGACUGCGCAGCCAGCCAGCCAGAAUAACAUGACUUCCGGGAUGGAAUUUGGCCGCAGUCCAGAUCAUCACUCAGAGCUGAGUUCGACCCAUUCGUCUCAGUUUGGCCAAAGCCACCCGCUGGGGGUACUCGGCAAUCUCUCGGCACUGAACAUGAACGUACCAAAUCUGUCCGGACUGUCGGGUUUGUCCGGUUUGCCACACGGGGAUGUGCUGGAAAAGUUAAAGAUGCAAGUGCGGGACAUGAAAGUGGGACUGGGGCUGGGGGAUCAGAGUGACUUUGCGGCUUCACUGCAUGCAAAUUUCGGUACAGGUGCACUGCAGCAGCAGCACCAGUCACAGCAGCCGCAGCUGCAGCAACAACAGUCACCGCAGGCAGUCGGAAGUGGUAAUGUGUACGGUAGUGUCGAUCCGAGAAGUGCAGGUUUGAACAGUAACGGUUCCGGCGGAACUAGCAGUGGCAUUGGGGGCUCUUCAAAUGGUGGCAAUUAUCCAUUCACGUUGCCCAAUCCGCCGAUCAGCAAGGAUGCAAACCCGGGUUCGAAUUCGUCGGCCUCGAGCGAAACGUCCAACUCAUCGCAGCAAAACAACGGCUGGAGCUUUGAAGAGCAGUUCAAACAGGUCCGACAGCUCUACGAAAUCAACGAUGAUCCAAAACGGAAAGAGUUCCUCGAUGACCUAUUUCUGUUCAUGCAAAAACGAGGCACCCCGAUCAACCGUCUCCCCAUCAUGGCCAAAUCGGUGCUGGAUCUGUACGAGCUGUACAACCUGGUAAUAGCCCGCGGCGGACUGGUGGACGUGAUCAACAAGAAACUGUGGCAGGAAAUUAUCAAAGGGCUGCAUCUUCCGUCCAGCAUCACAAGCGCCGCCUUUACGCUUCGGACACAGUACAUGAAGUAUCUCUAUCCGUACGAGUGCGAGAAGAAGAACCUAAGCUCACCGGCUGAACUGCAAGCCGCCAUCGACGGGAAUCGGCGCGAAGGUCGACGGUCCAGCUACGGGCAGUUUGAUUCGCCAUCAGUUCAACGUUCGCCUAUUCCACAGAGCAUCCAGCAGAUGUCACCGCUGUCGCUGGUCACACACGUCAAUCAGCAGCAACACCAUCGGCUGCUGGGAGCCCCCAAUGUCGGGCAGAUGCCGAACAUGCUACCGGCCGAUUUCGAGCAGCGCAUGAUCGACUACAUCAAACUGUUCCAGCCGAAGGAGAUGAAACGCGAGCAGAGUCCCGAUCAAAUGACCACACGCGAUGCACUGAAUGCGCUCGAAAUGUCCCGGGUCGCCUUGUGGAAUAUGUACAACAACAACACAAGCCCACCCAAUUCGCUCAACACAAGCCCGCCCGAAAUGCAAAGUUUGUUCCAUUUCAGGGAGGCCCUCAAUCUGGCUGAAUCACCACCACAUCACAUGCCGGUCAAACGUGAGCGAGAUCUUCCGAUGGAUUUUACCGACCGUUCCGGAGCUGCUCGCGAUUUCCACAGUGGCGUUCCACCGGCCAAACGUAGCAACAACAUCGCUGCAGUAGCGGCUGUAGCACAAUUACAGCAACAACAGCACCAUCAACAGCAGCAACAGCUACACGGCGCCCACAAUCGUUCGCUGUCGCCGCAAAAGUUAAACCUUUCCUCGCAUGAAGACGACGACGCCCGUUCGCUGGAUGAAACACCGAUAAAUCUUCGAGGGGAGAACGGAGGUCUUCGUCAUCACGACGAUGAAAUUCCUGAAGAUGAAGAAGAGGAUGAGGAUGAAGAUAUGUCCAUGGGAGAGGAUACCCACCCGCUAGCGUUGAACAGAAUCACGGAACAUGCGGCCGCCCUGGCUGCUGCGGCACAACGCGAACGUGAGCAGGCCCAAGUGAAUCAUUUGGCCAGUUUGAACCUUAGUCUGUUGGAACGUGAACGAGAACGGUGCGAAAGUGCGGACAAGUUAAAACGUCAACAGCAGUUGCAACUGGAGCAAUUACAGCGGGAACAAUUGUUGCAUCACCAACAGCAACAGCAGCAGCAACAACAACAGCAGCAGCAACAGUUGCUGCAGCGCGAAAGGGAACGCGAACGAGAAUUGCAACGGGAGCGAGAACGAGAAAUACAGAAACAGCAACAGUUACAGGCUCUUCAACAGCAAGACCAGACCACGCGACAGAAUGGUGAUCGGCUGUGCGGUGGUGCUAGCGGCAGCAUGGACAGUGUCAGCAACAAUAUGAGCACUAGCAGUGAUCGCGAACAGAAUCGAUCAGGACCGACGCACGGUGCGUACAGUCCGAGCAUGGCCGCGUCAGCACCCGUUGGCACCACCACUGGCGCUGGCGGCAUCGGUAUCAUGGGCAUGCAGUUCAAGUUGAUGAGCAGAGGCGAUGCCACAAAGGGCGAUCAGCAGUUGGUUGUGUCGAUGGAAUUCAACGGUGUCCAGUAUGAGGGAGUUCUCUUCGCAAAUCCAUCGAGUUCCCCCAACUCAUCAUCUUCGUUAGCAGCAGCAGGCAGCAGCAGUUGCAACAGCAGCAGUGGCAAUAGCAAUCACCUCGCUGGAACCGCCGAUGGUAAUAAAAUCAGCACCAACGCAGCUUCCUCGCCGUUGCUGGUAACGGCCGUUACCGGUGGUGCGAUGUCCUCUUCGGUGUCGCCAGUGGGCAGUACCAACAGCACCAACAGUUCCACCUCGGUAGCAUCGCCCACCGGAUCGUUGCUUAUUUCGCCGGCCAAAACUGCCACCUCGUCGAUAGGUUGCGACGAACCGAUCAGCACCAGCCACUCCAUCACGGCAGGCCAUCAACCGCCGCCGGUGAUUGCACCGCGGCCGCUUGUUUCCUAAAUUACUGUUAUUGGAUAUUCAAUCCGUUAUCGCUACCAAUCUGAAUGGUAGCCCGAUAUCUCGCAAUCUGCUCUCGAAUGUUGCAUUUUCUGCUUUUUAAAGAAAAACCGUUUUAUUAUCCUAUAUACGAACUCGCUUUUGUUUAGGUAAAUUCGUAGUCUAAAUUUUACACCCAGAAUGGGUGAAAUGUUUUCACGGUGUAAAGUGUUUGUGCAUGCAAUCAAUGUCGAACCGCCAGAUGGCAGCCAAUGUGACGCUCAAUCGGGUGAGCUUCUGAAUCGGUUCAGAUGGUUGGUGUCACGGAUAAUCGGUUUCUGCUGUUCAUCGCACACGCGGCGCAAAACUAUAGAAUCACUUUUGAACCAAAAAUUAUUUUUAAUGUGUUUUUAUUGGAAUUGUCUUAAUUAAAGGGACUUAGUUAAUGUCAGAGAAUGGUACGAACCAAGACAAGGUCGGCCUGUGUUAGUAGAAGUACGUGUGCACGUGUGUAAGCACGAUGCUUAGUAAGGCACAGACAAACGUGUAUACAGUUAGUUUUAGAAAAACAAGAAAAAAAAGAUGUGAUUAUUAUUACUGGAGUUUAGAGACAACAGGCAACUAUUCGAGACUGUAGAAAUGCAACGAAUUUUUCUUUCACUUUUGUGUCUGCUUUCAAGAGUCUCACCAAGCAUGUACGAGUAAUAGUAUCCUACUUAAGAAACGAUAAGUAAAAGUUUUAAGAUACACUCUCUAUAUAGAGUACACUUUUAUGACAAUUAUUGACAUGUACAUUCAAUGAAAGAAUGUUUGAAAAUUUAGUUCUGAACAAUUGAAGUGCAAAGCAGAAGAACACCAUUCUGUUAUUAUACAAUGGAUGCAAUUUUUAUUUUCUGGUAGAAACAAAACAAAAACAAGCUGAAAAAAAACGAACACGAAAACUAUUCUGCAAUAUAAGCUUAAGAUUAAAUAUUCAAACCAGCAACAGGAACAUACACACACAAGAAAGUUUUUAAAACAAGAACAAAUGUGUUUAGCGGUAGGAUCUUUCUAUUAGACUUAGUGACAGUAGAGAAAGUAUAGGUUUUAAUUAUGUGCUAAUUAGUUUCGCUUCUUUUGACCGUAGGCAUUCUCGUAUUUUAAACUAUCUUAUAUUUUUUUUUCUGUGAGAUAAAGAAUGAACAAAUGAACUAUUUAAAUUAGCAGAAGAUUAACGAUACCCACUAGCAGUAGCAGUAGCAGUAGUAACAGUACAUAUUAGAAGUUACAGGAUAGAAUUUAGCAGAAAAGACAUGACCGCUUCAUACAUCACAUACCCCACAAGCCACAACUAGGUUCGUUAGUGCGAGCUUUUGAUUGUAAAUCCUCAUCAGAUCAGAUAUACCUUACACAUUUAUCUAUGUAAACCAUCAUCAGCACUACCCGUUUCGCUGUGUAAGCUAAUUAUAAUCGUAAUAUGACACACACCGAAGAACAAAACAAAACUAACUAGCUCCUACUCAUGUCCGUUCGUUGGUUAAAUGCAAUGGGCCGCUUUCGCAUGUGCGUUGGCUUGGCUGGUCUGCAAAGGAGCAAUCCGUUUUAUUGGAAUGUAUGAAACCAUUUGAUC